AGUUCCACACACGUGUGUCAGUUGUCAAAAAACCAAAACAAAAGUUUUGUGGGGCAGGUUUUCAAUAAAUUUAGCCGUAAAAACUUUAUUAGCUUUAUUUUUUAAUAAAUUGGUCAUUGAACGAAAAAUAAAAUGAGUGACAGUGAAAAUGAGAGUAUUCAGGAUCUGCUCGAAUGUGCUGAAGAAUACGAAAAUUUGAUGCGUGAGAAAUUGAAGGCGGAAAGCACAAGCAACGAAAUUAAAUAUUCUGCACCAACGAGCAAUAAAAAACCUGCCAACGAUGACACCCAGGAAUUGCCCAUGGAAAAGGUCAUAUUCGGUGAUCGAAAAGGCUUGCUGGAGAAUUUCGCUGCAGCCGUUGAUGAUGCCCAAAAAUUCAAUAAAAAGGAAGUGGCAAGCGGAGAUGAAGAGGACGACACAAAAGAUAGUAGAAAGCGAAAACCCGCCUGGAUCGAUGAGGAUGACACAGAUAUAACAUUAGGGGAAGUGAAACGUCCUACACGUUUCUCUGGUCCGCAGGAUCAUUUGCGUAAAGAUAAAUCGUACAAGGAAUACCUGACUGCACGUUAUGUGCGAACAGUACCACAACCAAAAUGGGCAGAGCUAGACAACAAAACAGUGUCGGAGGAUGCAGAGGACGAGGCACUGCUGCAGACUGUUGGUUUUGUGGCUAAACCAGACACGAACACUUUAAGACAAACGCAUAUAGAUAUCAAACGUUUGAAAGAUUUAAAUCGCGCAUCAUAUGCCGAAGGUUCUAUUACCAGUAUACAAUUUAUACCAAAAAGCACAGCGACAUUGGUGGCAGGUACAUCGGGUAUAGCAACCAUAUACAGCAUUGAUGGUGUGAAAAAUGAAAAGCUACACAGCAUACGUUUUGAGAAUUUCCCCAUAAUGUGUGCGCGUUUGAAACCUUGUGGCACGAAGGCUAUUUUUGGUUCUACAAAGCGACAUUAUUACGUUUACGAUCUUUUGACAGCGCAGGAAACGCGUUAUAAACUGCCCGAGGAUGUUACGACGCUGCGCAAUUUUAGAAUAUCUCCUUGCGGACGUUACAUGGCCGUCGCUGGUCGUUUCGGCAACAUGCAUCUAUUCGAUGCCAAAUCUCAGGAACUUAUACACACAUUCAAACAAAAUGACGGUGUUGCUUCCAUAUGCUUUACCGCCGAUUCUAAAAAUAUCAUUUGUAAUUCGUUGUCUUCCAAGAUCAACAUAUUCUCAUUGACAAAGCAACGUUUGGCGCAUAGCCUCAUUGACGACGGCUGUUUGAAUGGCAAUGCAAUGGAUUUAUCGUUGGACCAACGCCUCCUAGCGACUGGUAGCAGGGAGGGUGUGGUUAACGUUUAUGACUUCCAAAAACUUCAACUAACUGCCACACCGAAGCCAGAGAAGACGUUUCUCAAUUUACGUACAAGCAUUUCAGAUGUGAAGUUCAAUCACACUGCUGAAGUUUUGGCUAUGAGCUCCGUGGAAGUGGCGUCCGCGGUUAAGUUGGCACACUUCCCUAGCGCUACAGUUUUUGCCAAUUUCCCCAGAAAGGAUGAUAUUGGCAAAAUUCGUGUUGUGGAAUUUUCACCUAACAGCGCAUAUUUGGCGUUGGGCAGCACAAACAAACAGGCGACUUUGAUGCGGCUGAAACAUUACAAAUAUUACUAAGUUCAUUGUUUGAUUUAUUUGUAAUUUUUACAGAAAUUAAAUAAAAUAACGUAUUUUAUAGAAAAAUGUA